GGGGGUAGUGUUAAUGUUUAGUUAGUAGAGUUUGCCUUUUUUGUAAUAUUUAAAUAUUAAAUUAAACCCUAAAAUGUUGGCCACCCAAAACAUGAACCAGUCCGGAAUACCGGACAAAAUGUGGCAGCCCCCAUUCGUACAAUUUGAUACCACUAUGGGAGAAUUCGUGAUAGAACUUUACUGGAAGCACGCCCCACAAACUUGUAGAAAUUUCGCUGAGCUUGCUAGAAGAGGCUAUUACAAUAAUACAAUUUUCCAUAGGGUUAUUACAGAUUUCAUGAUUCAAGGUGGCGAUCCCACAGGUACUGGCAAGGGAGGCAUGUCAAUUUACGGGCACUCAUUCAAAGACGAAAUUCAUCCAGAACUCAAACACAGCGGAGCUGGUAUUUUAUCAAUGGCAAACUCAGGCCCUGAUUCUAAUGGGAGUCAGUUUUUCAUUACUUUAGCUCCUACACAGUGGCUGGAUGGAAAACAUGCUAUUUUUGGUAGAAUACAUUCAGGCAUGCAAGUCAUCAAAAGAAUUGGAUUUGUCGAAACAGAUAAAAACGACCGACCUGUAGAUGAGGUGAAAAUUCUCAGAGGAAAAGUGAUUAAAACUUGAUUAUUUUUUCUACUAUAAGUAUUUAAUUAUCAAUUAAUUUUACUAUAACUAUUCCGUGUAUAACAAGACUGUAAUAUCUAUGUUCAAUAAUUAUAAAAAAUUUCAUAAAAAAAAAAUCUAUUUUCACUUGAUUUAACUUAAAAAUGUUCCCUUAAAAUGCAAUAUAAAAAAUAUAUUCAAAAUUAUUAAUUAUUAAAAAGCUCAAGACAUGCAUUUUGUUGAUAUAAAGAAUCAUCAAUUUUUCCAAAUAAUAUUCUCUGUUACGGCAUGAUUUAAAAAGAAAAAAAAAAAUAUAAUUAAACCCUAAAAUUCUAUGGAAGAAAAAAAGUGAUUAAUAAGGAACAUUAGAGAACAAAUAUGAGACACUUUCUCCAUUAUGCGUACGCCUAACGGCUUCAGCAAACAUCAUGGAAACAUCUAUGCAUUGUACCUUGGAACACUGCUCCAUAUGUUUAUCUUGUGGAAUGGUAUUAGUAACAACAACAGCUUCGAAACAAGCAUUGUUUAUCCUACUAAUGGCAGGUCCUGAAAAAAUCCCAUGAGUGAGAAUGGCAUAGGUUUUAGUUGCCCCUGCUUCCAUCAGUUUUUCAGCUGCAUGGCAAAUUGUACCACAAGUAUCUGCCAUAUCGUCCACCAAAAUAGCUACACGGUCUUUGACGUCACCUACAAGUACCAUGCUAGCGACUUCGUUGGCCUUCUUUCUCUCUUUGUGGAUCAAAGCAAAUUCCACAUUUAAUCUGUCAGCAAUUGAGGUUACUCUUUUGGCACCUCCUGCAUCUGGGGAAACUAUUAUACUGUUCCUCCAUUCGGCUAUGUUUUCUUUGAUCCAUUUUAAAACAGCUGGUUCAG